CGAAAUCUCCCGACAGAACUAGUCAGAAAUCUCGCAGACAACUUGGAAAUAAAGUAAAAGGAGCUUAUUUUUUUCUCCAGCAAGAUUUGACUUUAAAUAUUCACCGAAACGCUUGUUUCAUUUAAAGAAAACAGUUCGUACCGCACGUGUAUCUUCAAACUCGUUUCAUAUUCAGACAGCUGCUUUAAAUAUUUUUUUUUUUUUGCAGCUAAGAGAAUUAACUUCAUCACGCGGCAGUGCAUGUCUGACAGCUUUAUUAGCUGUUACCAAUACUGAAGACGUCUAGCUUUUAUUUCUUCGAAGCAUUGUCUUGUUGCCCCGAGCUGCAUUUCCCGGUUCCAUUCGGGAGCGCUCCAUUCAGGCAGGGCGAGGUUUUACUCGAUUGCAUUUUUUCCCGCUGAUUUUUGUCAGUACCCGAUCUUUCGUAUGAAUCUACUCGAUCCCUUCAUGAAGAUGACAGACGAGCAGGAGAAGUGUCUUUCAGACGCCCCCAGUCCGAGCAUGUCUGAGGAUUCCGCUGGGUCCCCCUGUCCGUCUGGUUCCGGAUCCGAUACAGAGAACACCCGACCGACGGAGAACAACGUCAUGGGCCCGGAUGGCCAGAGGUCCGAUUUCAAGAAAGAUACAGAGGACGACAAAUUCCCCGUUUGUAUCAGGGAGGCGGUGUCCCAGGUGCUGAAGGGCUACGACUGGACCCUGGUGCCAAUGCCUGUCAGGGUGAACGGAUCAAGCAAAAACAAGCCACAUGUGAAAAGACCGAUGAAUGCUUUUAUGGUGUGGGCUCAAGCUGCACGACGGAAACUGGCUGACCAGUAUCCCCAUUUGCACAACGCGGAGCUCAGUAAAACGCUUGGAAAACUCUGGAGAUUGCUUAACGAAGUAGAAAAGCGUCCUUUUGUCGAAGAGGCAGAGCGACUGAGAGUACAGCACAAGAAGGAUCAUCCCGAUUACAAGUAUCAGCCCAGGAGGAGAAAGUCAGUGAAAAAUGGGCAAAAUGAGCCGGAAGACACAGCGGAGCAAACCCACAUCUCACCCAAUGCCAUCUUCAAAGCCCUGCAGCAAGUGGACUCCCCGCACUCGGCCUCUAGUAUGAGCGAGGUGCACUCUCCAGGCGAGCACUCGGGUCAAUCCCAAGGGCCCCCCACACCUCCCACUACUCCAAAAACCGACGUGCAGCCUGGAAAAGCUGAUCUAAAACGCGAGGGGCGCCCUCUGCAGGAGGGAAGUGGCAGGCAGCCCCACAUUGACUUCAGAGACGUUGACAUUGGGGAGCUGAGCAGCGAUGUCAUCUCCAAUAUUGAGGCAUUCGACGUUAAUGAGUUUGACCAAUAUCUGCCACCAAAUGGUCACCCCGGAGUCCCUGUCACCACCUCAACACAUGGCCAGAGUGGACAGUCCGUCUACACUGGUAGUUAUGGCAUCAGCAGCACCUCUAUCAGCCAGACAGCAGGCGUUGCAGGACAUAACUGGAUGUCCAAACAGCAGCAACCCCAGCAGCAGCAGCAGCCACAGCCACAACAACACUCCAUGACUACCCUUAGCACUGAACAAAGCCAGGGGCAACAGAGAACAACACACAUCAAGACCGAGCAGCUGAGUCCAAGUCACUACAGUGAGCAGCAGCACUCACCACAGCAGAUCAACUACGGCACCUUCAACAUGCAGCAUUUCACCCCAUCGUAUCCCAGCAUCACCCGCUCCCAGUAUGACUAUUCAGACCACCAGAGUGCGAACUCUUAUUACAGUCACGCUGCAAGUCAAGGCUCAAGCCUGUACUCAACGUUCACUUACAUGAGCCCCACACAGCGGCCCAUGUAUACUCCCAUUGCAGAUACUACAGGGGUCCCUUCUAUUCCACAGACCCACAGCCCUCAGCACUGGGAACAGCCUGUCUACACACAACUCACUCGGCCUUAAGAGACUUUGAAACCUGCACACAGUGACUGUUAUUCCCGUGGCCGGCUGAAUUCACAGAAAGAAACUGGAGAAGCUAUGUAUCACCGUUCAGUGUCAACCGAGUUCUAAAAAGAAAGUAUUUCAGAGGAAACUUUGAAAAGCGGGACUUAGAGUGAAACCGAGAAAAAAAAAAUUAAAAAGGCAAUGUGAAAAGGUUUGAACUUUCUGAACAGUUUACUCAGUGCCUUUUUGUCUGGACUUGUAAUUAAUCAUUUUUUAGCCAUAAAAGGGUCCUCUGUGAGGACAUAUGAAUUUGAAAUAUUUUAGUAUGUACUGUGUAUGUUUACUUUUUCUGCAGUCUAUUUUUUUGGGAUUUUAAACAUAUUUGUAGAGAAAAAGAAAAGCUCUUAUUUUUUCAAAUAAUCUAUAAACCACUUCUGGUAGUGCUGUCCGCUAUAGCUUUUUCUUUUGGUGAUAUGACAUAUUUUUGUACAGGAUAAAAAAAUAUAUAUCAUUUUCUUUUUACUUCGUCUAGCAAUAAUGUACCAUGCUUUUGUAACUUUUGUAGCUCCACUGAAAUUGAAAAGAGAUUCCCUACAUACCGAAAAAGGUACCCCAACUAGAAAAAAACACAAGUUUUUGUAGCCAUAUAAGAAAAGAUUUAGCGCUGUACUUUCAAGAGCAGAAUGUGUGAAAAAUAAACGGGAAAUCCCUUUUACUGCCCUUAAUUCCUUCUUGAUUCUUUUCAAAUGACUACAAUGAGUUCUUGCGGAAGAUAUUUCACCGCACCAACAGUGCCUACGAUCCGUGCAUUUGAGACCCAGAUGAAAUUUUCUCCACUUCCCAUACCCUGACAUGCCACACCAGUGCUACACUGGCCAGAAGCCCCAGCUGAUACAUUACUCACUGCUUGACAACAUCUGCUAAACAGGUCCAGGAAAUGGCCUUUGACACUUGAAGAUCUUACAGGUCACCACCACAGUCACUUCAUUCUUUCAGUCUUAUGUUAUCUCUGCACCAUUCCCUACCCCGAACGUUUGUUAAGUUAUUUAUUAGUAUUAAUUUUAUUUUAAAAUAAAUAUUUGCAUUUUAUUCCUUUUAAUACAGCUGUGUACAACUAAUUAAUAUUUUAGUUUACAAAAAGACAAAAAAAUUUGAAGCUGUUAUUGGAAGGUUAUGUUUUUAUCUAAAAAGAUGGUGCAAAUUAAAACCAUUGUUUAUUUAUCAAUUGUAUGAUUUGUUUGUUAUUAAAAAAAGUGUUUUUUAAUCUUGCAUUUAGCUGUGUACAGAUGUGUUUUAAUUUUAAUAAAUCUUUAUUAAAUGUAAAAGUAUAAAAAGGAAAGAUCAACUGGAAAGAUUCUCUCUUAUUCUUCCAAAUGUAACGCAUCACUUACUUGUUCUGAUUUUCAGCUCUUGGGACUAUUAGUCAAAAUGAACUUUGAAAAAAAAAAGAGCAACACUAAUUGGGCCUGUUACUAAUUGUUCCAUAUAAAAUAAUUUGUUGGCUGCAUUGUAAAGA